CCUGCAGAUCUUCGAAGGGAUGCGUCGCCUGUUGGACGCACACCCUUCGUAUUUUUCACUCCUUCUCACUCUCCAUCCGUUGCUCUCACUCACGCAGUAUUUGCUUUCUUCGUGAGACUCGUCUCGAGUUGUGGGUUUCGCUCCGAGGCUUAUCUCAUAAUUUGAUACGUACAAGACGCGGCAGGAAAGCAGGAUCCAGCCGUCAAGAGUUGGAACAGCUUAGGACGAGGCGGGCGUGUUCACAUGCUCCCUCGCACCAAACGGCCACUCACCCCACUCGAAAUAAAGAUUCACAGAGUCUGGAUCCAUCGAGCAGGAUUUAGCUAGGUCGGUGGAUCGACUGACGUUUUGCCGCGAGGGCAAUUGCGAGAUGCGCGCUCCACGAUUGCAUUGAGCCUCAACCAACAAUAGCAGUACGAGUUCGCGAGUGCAUCUUUCCUUGGAGCGGCAGAGGUGCUUCGCCAUUCAGGAAGUUGGAGGGAUAAGACGCAAACAUGUUUUCCAAAUUACGUCCCCAUCAUCGCCGCACACCGUCAAACCCAACGUCACCGGCAGACCAAUCCUUCGAACCUCCUUCACAGACAGACCACGCACACCCGCAACGACACCAAGAUGCGCACAUGCUAGAGCCAACAAAUAGGCCCCCGCCUCCCCCUCCAUUACAGUCCAUCACGAAUAUGCCGUCUGCGGAGGGAGGUUUCGAGGGCCCGAGGCGGGUUGGUUACGAGAGGGAUCCCAGGAUACAGCAGGUGGAUGGUUCGAGGGAUACAAGAGGACGAGAUACCUACGGCUUCAGCAAUCACCAGAGAUUACCAUACGCGGGGUCACAGCAGCCAGAAUCAGCUGGAAAUGCUGUUCCUGGGAACUACACGGGUCCUCAAUAUGCAAGGCAACAGAUUGGGAUGAGCCAGGAAGUAUUUAGACCUCGACCCUCCGAACCCAGUCCAGGCUUUGUCACGUCCCCGGAUUUCCCAGGUCAGAAUGGCCAGCCUGCUAGGAAACCACCGUCUAGCUUCUCGUCUAGUACGCCGACACUUGUUGAGCCUGCUCAAUCACGGCCAGGCAGGGCAAGGCUGAAUCUUCUGAACCCCAUGUCACUUUUGGCACGGAGAAGGACAUCACAAGCAGUGGAGAAAUUGGCGCCUCAAUCACUGGUAUCGAAUAGAAAUGGGAACAACUUCAAUGAGAGUUUUGACCCCCGCAUUCGAGGAACAGUGGUCCACGAUUUUAGUGCACCGAGAGCACCAAGGAGAAAUCUUUCAAACGUAGAUGUCCGAGCAGAAGGAGGUUCAGCAAGCAACCUGAGAUACCAACGAAGUCCCAAUGGCGACCUCAGUAGUGCGGAUGAGAACGUUACUAGUCCAUGGAGCGGUGGGAAUCACACCCCAGUCUUCACGGAGAACUUUGAGGAAGAACAGUACCCAAAUGCUGGUCCCCACGUGCGGAAAGCCAGCGAUUUGACCGAUCUGCCGCUACCACAGCCACCGUACGCCAAAGGCGCUCAGAAGCCAGUCGAACCAAUAUCUACUUCAAAAAGCAAUGAUGCUGCGCAAAAGCAAUAUCAGGCGCCGCGGAGGAUAAGUACGCAGAAGCCCGUCCCAGAUCUUCCACAGAUGCCAGACCACCCUCCACCGGUGCCGCCAAAGACUGAUUUGCCGUUACAUGUUGCACCACAGCGUAUCUCGAUAGAUGCAUCUGCUACUCCUCCCAAGACGGGUUCGUUUAAGAAAGGUGGUCGGCCACGCAAUGUUUCGGAGGUGUCGGCUAAAGAUGCCGCUAUUCCCAGACACAUGAAAAGUACGUCUUCGCGAUUCAGUUUCGAUAUGAUCGGGGCUGCUGAGCAAGAGCGACUUCUGGAAGAUAGGCAUCGACAGAAGGCGUUGGAGAAGAAAGCAGGAAAUCAUGGCGAUGAAGAGGAAGAUGACCGGCUUGGGGAUGAGUCUGAGCACGAUUAUGAUUAUGAUAAUAUGGACGAUGACGAUGGACUGGAGGAGAGGAUACCUGGUGUCAAUGCGGAUCUGGAGGAAGAAGAGUAUCCUUAUGACGAUCUGGAAGAACCGAUUCCAGGGGCCGAUGAUGAGGAGGAUCCUUACCAAGUCUCGGACCUCGGCGAAAAUCUGGGAGGCUUCACAUUCCAACAAAGUUCACUGGCAACACCUAUGAGUCCUGCAAGUCCGGCAAUGGUGAGCACCCCGAGAGAUGCAAAUGGCGAAGUUAUUGGAUUUGCCAUGACCAAGAAUUCUCCAUGGGCUCCUCAAGGUGUAGAUUCAACUGUUUCGCCUAGCUCGCCCGUUUCACCUGACAUGAAAUCGCCUGUCUUGGUCACGGAGUUGCAAGGCCUAGGGCUACAAGGAGUCAACAUAGCUUCAUCUGUGGAUCCAGCGACAUCAGCCUUGCCACCCUCGAAGCCAGCAGCAGACUUCCCUCGACCUGCUGCGCUAGACGACGAUGAUCUAUACUUCGAUGAUGGUAUCAUUGGUGGGCCUGGCGACGCAGAUGACGUUGAAUUUGACGAGUCAGUCUUUGACAACAUCGACACUGAUGAGUACGGCAGACCUGUGAAGUCAUUGUCAUCGUUACCAACACUAUAUUCCCCACCGUCACUCACAGCCGACCCAUCACCACCAUUGAAUAAGGCUGCUGAUGGUUUCAGAGAGUCUCAAGAUAUGACAGAUGCCAUGUCUCUCUCUGCCGCCCCUAACGGGGGCCUGGCUCCACAGCCAUCCAUAUCGGGUCAUGUACAGACCUCAAUGAGUCUUCCACCUCCUCCACAACAAAUCCUCACUCAAGAUACCCUCGCCGCAUAUCAGUCAGCACUCGCGGCAGCAGCUUUUGCAGCAGCUGCCAACGGCAAAUUUCGUCGUGAUAGUAUUAACCCAUCUGAGCAUGAAGAUGCCCAACCCGGACUUGUCACUGAUUCCAGCCAUACCUCGCAUUACGAACCUUUCUCGCCGUCCUAUGACCAGGUAGAGGAUGACUUCGAUUAUGACGAUGUCCUAGAAGACGAUCCCAUCAUCGCAGCAGCCAAUGCCGAGGCUCUAGCUAACGACGAUGAUGGUUUCUACGGCCAAGAAUUCGGCUUCUAUUCUGCUCCAGCAUCCAAUGAAACCGAAUUUGGAGGGUACUUCGGGCCUCGCGGCGGUGCAGGUCUCAAUCGAGGUCCAAGCAACAGGAUCGUCUCCCGCGAACCAAACUUGACACCUAUUACCGAACGCAGCGAGUACUCCAACCGUAAUUCUUUCAUGAGUCUCGCUAUGCACGGACCCGGCAGCGUAGUCAGUCCCGGCCUCGCACAGCUCACCAACAUGCUUCGCAGUCCCAUGGACUACGAAGGCGACAUGAGUUUCGACGCGCUUCUCAAACUCCGCCGUGGUGCCUGGGGUGGCAGCCAAGCAAGUCUGCAUAGCAGCAACGGCGGCAGCCCCAAGAGCGUAGCGGGCAUGGAUGAUGGGUCGCCUAUCGUCUCUCCCGCACCAUGGGGCCAAGGCGGCGCUGUUACUCUCCCGCCUCCGAAUCAUGCCCAACAGCCUUCGGGACAUAGGCGGAAGGGUAGUACGUUUAGUCUGCAUAGUGAGGGUGCGAGUGUGACUAGCUCGCCGCCUGCUAGUCCGACUUUGACGAUGGCGUUUUCGCCGUUGCAUGGGAUUCAGGAGAAGGAGAGGGAGAGGGAGAGGGAGAGGGAGAGGGAGAGGGAGAGGGAGAGGGAGAGGGAGAGGGAGAGGGAGAGGGAGAGGGAGAGGGAGAGGGAGAGGGAGAGGGAGAGGGAGAGGGAGAGGGAGAGGGAGAGGGAGAGGGAGAGGGAGAGGGAGAGGGAGAGGGAGAGGGAGAGGGAGAGGGAGAGGGAGAGGGAGAGGGAGAGGGAGAGGGAGAGGGAGAGGGAGGAUGAGGAUGGUGAAAGUGGGCAUGUGAAGAAAGAGAAGGAAACAGGAAAGGAGAAGGAGAAUAGCAAGGAAGCAUUCAGAAAACAUCGUUAUACGGGGAGUGCGGAGAGUAUCAGUUAUACCAAGGACGAAGAUCCCACAGGUGGGCCGAGGUGGAUCCUUGAACGGCGGCGUACUGGGGAGGGUGGUGAGGUAGAGCUUGAGAGGGAGGUUGUUAGGGGUGGGAUAUAGGGAUUUUGGAUUUUGGAUUUAGGGGUCGGAUUUGGGGCUGGGGUCUGGGGCUGGUGGGAAAUGGAAUGGAUGCCGGGGAUGGGGACGGUGAUGAGGAUGGGAUGAGGGUGAUGAGGGUGGAAUGAAAAUGAGAGAAGGGAAGCGAAACAAAUGAUACCAGUUGGAUAGCGUCAGCGAUUCAGUACAAACUUACCUAUAAACCUACCUAAUAAUAUAUACCCACAGCUAUGGCUUUCGCUUGGGCCAUGAAGCGAAGCAACAAACAGUCUACACGUUCCCAUUUCUCUUCUUCUCUUUCU